GACUUUAACGCCAACCCUUCCUGCUCAGUCAUCCCUCAGCUAUUCCAAGCUAUUGGACCGCUAAUCGAUGGAGUUUAGUUGGUGUCGCCACGGGUCCCCCAUAUCGAAGCGAAAACCCCUUAUGCACAAACACAUAUGAGCGCCGAGGUAUAGCGGGUUAAGUUUCAAAGUGCUCCUCAUAUGGUCCCCGAUUGGCGUGGUUAGCUGGUCCGCUGCAUUCGUUCGUUUAUUCGCUCUGUGGCCGUGCGGCGAGCAGCAACUGGAUUUCCGUGCCCCCGCGCUUAAUUAAAUCAGAGUGGGUUUUUUUGGGUUUCUGUUCGUUCAUAAAGAUUCCCAACGCGGACUGUGUAGUGCUUUGUGCGGUUUUUAUGAAUAAGUAUUGUGGUAACAACUAAAACAGUGAAUCCUUCCAGAAGCGAUCCUCUGACAAGAGCAUAAAGUUUCGAAGCGAAAAAAUCAUCCGAAAAAAAAAACAAAAAGCAAAGUGCGUCUGUAGUUUGACGAUCGUUUCAAAGUAGUGGUGAUAGUUGCGUAUGGAAGACUCAUAAAAUUGACUGGACCGUGUCCACAUAUGGAACGUCGUGAAACGGUUCCUUUCCCUUCACGCUGCCACCUCAGUCUCUUGCUGCUCUCGUGGUACUACACACACUGAAUGUGUCGCCGUCCAACAACGGAAGUCGUUCCGGUGUCGUGCUUGAACUGGUGUCAUUUAUCGGCGGGCAGUGGUGGCUAUUGUAGCAUACAUUCGACAACCUACCACGCUACCACGCAAUUCUUCAUCGCCCUGUGUACAUCGACAGCACAACAUGAGCUCUCAAAAGUUCAUGCAUCUAAGCCUCACCAGCCCGCAGCUGGCGCUUGCUGCAAGCUUCGAUGCGAACGACCUGUCGGAGUUCAACCGAGCGCUUCGCAACGGGGCAAACGUGAAUCUACGCGAUCGUGACUCGCGGUACACGGUGUUCGAAUUAGCAUGCAAAACUCCCGGCAAGAAGCAGUUCAUCCGAGCCUGUCUGAAUCAUGGAGCGGUACUGUCGGAGAAAAACCCCGAGACCAGCGAGUAUCCCAUCCACCUGGCCGCGCUAUCCUUCGACAGUGAAAAUCUUUCCGAACUACUCAGCGCCCCGCGUAUUCAGGUGGACCAAAAGUACGAAGAUCGCACAGCGCUGUACCUGUUGUUCGAACAGAUCGACAGUGACAAUUGGAAGCAUGUGUUUGAGUGUGUUAAGUUGCUGCUAAAAUACGACGCCAACAUAAACGCGACCGAUGAGAACAGUGUGUCACCGAUAGCUCUGCUAGUAACAGCUGGAUACGACGAUUGGAGAAAGGAAAUUCUUGAAUACUGUUUGCAGAACUACAGCGUGAACGUAGACUACCGGCGACAGCAGGCGAGAAAAGCGAUCGUGAAGAACUUCCCCGGUACGGACAUUCCCAUCUACGACAUGGAAAAGGUUACCGUGGAUGUGUUGCGGAACAAACUGUCCGCCGGAACGGAGGACGAGUUUCUUGCGGCUUACGAGAAGUACUGUCAGCAAAACAAUGGUCACGUGCCGCGAGAAGAAGAUCGCGCUGAGCUGCUAUCCGUGGCCGUGUAUCGAGCGAAGCUGACCGCUGCCCAGAAGCUCGUUGACGGGCAGAUAGUAGAUGGCAAGUUUACCGGUAAGCCGGAAUUGUUUUCCGGCCUGCUGGCCAAGUGUUGUAAUCGGGGGAACGUGCAGAUGCUCGAAUGGUUGCUGAAAAUCAUACCGGACGAUGCGGUGGCGCUGAUUAACGAGGAUCCGCUGCUCUCGCUGCUCGUGAAGCAGAUCGACGUGUACAAGGACAAGAACAAGUGUCCCUACUUCCGCAGCAUGGGCAUCUUGCUGAACGAUCCGCGCCUGGAGGUGGACAAGAUCGAUGUGAAGAAAUGUACGGCGAUGCACUACGCCGUCAAGUACAAGAUCGAUCACGCCCAGGAGCUGCUGCUGGCCAAGGGUGCGUACAUCGGGGGCGAGAACAUGUUCGGCGACCUGCCGAUCAGCGAGAUGGACUCGUUCCUGCUGGAGAAGCAUCUGGACUCGUGCGUCACGAACAAUGAUCGCAAGCCGGGCGACGAGGACUACGAAGUGAGGAUCAGCUUUGCCAACUUUAUACCGCCGGCCCACAAGCCCAACUACGCCAAGCCGGAACAGGUGCCGUUUAACGGGCUGCCGUACGAGGACGAGAUGCGCCCGAUCGUACGCAUGGCCCAGUCGUCCAGCACUAAACGGCUGCUGCGGCAUCCCGUCAUAUCCAGCAUCCUGCUGCUCAAGUGGCUGAAGCUGAUCUGCUUUUUCUACAUCAAUCUGGUGAUCUGCACGAUAUUCUUCGUCUCAUUCACGGCGUACGUUGUGUUUUGCUACGGCCGGGAAGAUGCACCGUUCAAGCUGUUCUUCUACUUCCUCUCGUUCGCCGGCUGGAUAUAUUUGGUCGCACGCGAGUUGAUCCAGCUUCUGCUGAACAUGCGCAUGUACGUGCGGUCGAUCGAGAACGGGAUGGAGGUGCUGCUCAUCCUGGCCUCGGGCGCGGUGCUGAUGCGCGAGUUUGGCGACGAAACGCGGCGUGUCGCGUCCGCCUGCGUGAUUCUGCUGUCGGCGCUAGAGUUUACGCUGCUCGUCGGCACGCUGCCCGUCCUAUCGAUCUCGACCCACAUGGUGAUGCUGAAGACGGUGUCGAAGAACUUUCUCAAGUGUCUGGUGCUGUACUCGAUCAUUUUGCUCGCAUUUGCGUUCAGCUUCUACACGCUGUUCCGGACGAACGGCGGUAACGGCGAGGCGGGCGCAGCGACCACAGACAAGACGGCCGCCGGUCAGGACGGCGAUGGUGAUGACGAUCAGUUCAACCAGUUCGGGGAGGUUCCGCUUGCGUUGAUGAAAACAGCGGUAAUGUUGACCGGGGAAUUCGAAGCGGCGAACAUAAAAUUUCAACAGUCAAGCUUGAGCUACUUCGUGUUCGCGCUGUUUCUGUUCUUUGUUUCGAUCGUGCUGUUCAAUCUGAUGAACGGUCUGGCCGUGAGCGACACGGCGACCAUCAAAGCGGAAUCUGAAAUCAUCGGCAUUACGCAGAAAGUGUUCCUCAUCAACAAGUACGAAAAUGCACUGAAAACAUCGAAGCCCAUUCGCUGCAUCACCGAGCGAAUGGCGUGGCUGUUCCCGUCGAACAGUUUGCAGCUGUUCUCGAACAAUCAACCGCUGAAGUACAUCGCGGUCAAGCCAAACCAGUCGAACGCCAUCAUGGUAUCGUCGCUCGUGCCCCGGUACGCGCAGGACGUCGAGAUGGGUGAGUUGGUGGUGCAGGACAAAAAGCUGGAAGUUGAAGGAUUGCUGGAGCGCAACACCAAGUACGGUACCGAAUGCUGCAUCAUGCCCUGCCUCAACAACAUGGAUGGGAAGAUAGUGAAGUAUGCGCUGGAGAUUUUGCACUCCCGCCACGAGCACGUCGGCUCGAUCGAGUACCGGAUGUCGCGCAUGGAGCAGAACAUCGAGCGGAUGGCGCAGGAGCAGAUCGAGAUGAAAAAGUUGUUGCAAACGCUCGUCACCUCGUUGCAUGCUAAGGCGUAGUCGUUCUGUAUUGCGCACAGGAUGGGAGUUGGGAUUAAUUUAUGUUUUUGUUUUUAAAUGCUUUAACUGACUCAAAUGCAUUUGGUUUGCAUUUUGUGAACGGCAUUACUGUACUGCUUCAUUUGCACCCUUACCUCACGCAGCUAUUAUUGACAUUGAAGUUUGUAAGUCUAUUUUAACUAGCACUCAGUUUGCUUAUAAUUGUUACCUUUUUAAAGCGGAAACAAGCAACGUUCCUGUUCGUCUUAAAUCGCGCAUGAAUGCUAGACUGCAUCAAACCGAUCAGUCAAUAUAACCAUCACAAUGAUUCUAUCUGAAUCAUUACGCCUUAACGAUACCUGCAAGGAUUUAUGAAAUGUUAUACCUUUUUACACCUUUGAAUCUCUACUGUAGUCGUCGCGCAUGAAACGAUUGCACUUAUUUACACUCAUUUCCACUGUAUAGGACUGUUGGCAUUGCAUUGUUAGCGAAACGUUGGUUGUAUUAAUGUAAUUUUAAGCCCCACAAUAAACCAUUCAAGUGUAACAAUCAUAACUAUUGAAUAUAUUUAAUUUACAAAUA